CAAUCAAAGCAAAAGGCGGCUAAUAAAAAGUGCUAAUGUUGUGUUUAAAAUAUGAAUAAAUGCGAGUGUAUGCCAGAGCCACAAAAACGGUUACAAGAGCCACCACGGCCAGAGCCACAACCACAACCACAACGGUAACGAUAACAAAAAGAGAUUUUCUUUUUCGUGGGACGAAGAAAUCGCAUUUGCAUUUCUCUGCGCGCUUGCUGGAAGAUUAAAUUGGAUCAAUCGCCGGUCGUCCGUUCUCCGUCGAUCGCUGGUGCUGUAUGUUUUGUGAUUGUGUGCGAGUUUCGAAAAAGGUUGCCAGAAUCCGAAUAAUAAAUAUUUAAAUGCAAAUAUUAGAGACCCGUUAAGAGGUGCAGGCAACGUCAGAAGAAGAAUAGAAGCAAUCGGCCGCGAUCACAACAUUUCUGGGAGAGUCUCUCCCUCCGCGGGUCCCAGUGGGCAAUGCCUGACAGACGCCGAUCAGCGACUGCGUCGUAAUGGGCAACCGCAUCGCAGCGACUGGAGCUGGAGGUGGAGUGGUGGCUGGAGACGAGCUGCCUUCGCGGUUCAACACACGCAGACGAUACCAGCAGCACAAGCAGGAGUACUGCCUCCAGAGCGAGUACCGCUCCAAGACCCUUCCCGCACGCCACCCACACCACGACCACGACCACGACCACGAGCACGUGCACGGGCAGACCCCACAAGAACCGAGGCUUGGGUCCAGCAGCUGCCUGGGCGGCGGCGGCGGUGGUGGGCCACAUGCAUCUAAUGCCGCGCCACCGCACAACGGAGAGACGUCGAGGGUGUUGUUUCUGCUCUACUUGAUUCACCGCACCUGGAACGUGGUCAUGGACACAAUGGACACACGCACCAAGAGUCGUUCACCCCGCAGUGAUUCCCUCCAGAAGGGGGAGACCAUACCGAUGGAGGCCCAGCGACGGCCGAUGGACGAGGAAUGCUCCAUUGGCAUCACCGACUUGGAUGCCUCCUCCUACUGCUCCCAGUACUCGUGCUGCAGCUGCAGCUACUGCGACGAGGAGACAGCGGGGACACAGACGAAUGUCUACAGCUCCAUUGCGGAUGACUAUUCCCUGGACUCCAUGUGCGAGGAGGGAAAGUCGCUGGCCGAAGAAAGUGACAGCUCAACGCUGCAGCGACACCAGCAGCCGCAGCCACAGCCGCAGCAGCACAGGGGACACCACCGACACUCGUUCCAGAUGGCUCCCAGUGUCUGCCACGACACUGCCACGAAGAUGGCACCACAAGCACCGCCUGUGGCUGCUUCGAAGACAGCUGGCGGCAGUUCGAGCACCGCCUCGGGUACACAGAAAUGCGGUGGCAGUAGCCUCAAUGGAUCUUUGGCCUCCUACAAGAUGGCUGGCUCCGAACAGAGCUGGCCCCAGGCGCCAGUCUACAGUAAAGAAAAUCAACGUCCACCGGUAUACAAUCCCGAGGAUUAUGUGCUCUCGCUGCGAAAGUUCACCAAGGGGAGCAGUGCCUCGAAAAUGAAGUCCAUUUACGAUGUCUGCACGACGCCCAGUGCCAAGGAGGAGGCCUACAGAUCCUCCACACUGCCAGCAAAGCAUUCGGAAUACAAAUCUCCCAUUCCUGCGCCGCCAGAGAGCGACACCGAGAUGUCGCUCCGACAGUUUGGCUCCAUCACGGAUCUGCUGACCAAACUGAGGGCUGAUCUGAGGGUCUCCUUUCCCAGCUUUGUCCAAGAGUUUGUGGCCACGCCAUCGGAUGGGAUUAGCCAUCUGCUGGAGGUACUGCGGGCCAUACAAAUGGCGCAGGCGAGCAAUGCGCCGGCGCCAGUGCCAGGAGCGAGCAAUUCCCUGGCCAUGUCCCGCAAUCCACAGAGCUACCAGCGACGGGCACUGCUCGAUGAGCUCUCCUGCCUCCAAUGCCUGAACAUCUGCUGCUCUCGCUCGCUGGAUGCCAUAGCCCGUUUGGGGAACACACCCGUGGGUCUCAUGCCGCUGGCUUCUUCGGCCACGGGGCAGGGCAUUCGUGCGCGAAUCCUCGCGUUGCAGCUGCUGGCCUCCGCCUGCGAUCGCCAUCCGUUUGGCAGUGGGAGUGGCAGCCAGAAGAUCGCCUCCGCGGGACACACAGCCGUCUCGGACGCCAUGUCCACGCUCCGAUUGCGAUGCAGUGAACCCGUGCGCUUCCGCCUGCUGGUGGGAAUCCUCAACAGCGGCGGCGGUUCCGGGGAACUGCAGUGUGCAGGUGUCAAAUUCCUCAACACAUUCAUCGAGAGUGCGGUGAGCAUUCAGCAGCGUCUCUACAUCCAGGCGGAGCUCUUCCAGGCGGGUCUCGAUCCCAGCACUCUGGCGCGGACCAUCUCCUCCUCCUCGCCCUGGCUGGACAGCCUGCGGGCGGAGGUGAAGCGCUUCAACGAGCUGCACAUCGACGUUGACAAGAUGAUGGCCCAGGCCCGCGAUGCGGACCGCACCCGCAGCCAGAUGGUGAUCCUCGAGCGGCGCGUGCAGAUCCUCCACGAGGAGAAGGCCGUGCUCACGUCCAUGGAGCGGCGUCUGCAGGAGCGGUGCGCGGAACUGCAGCGGGAGAUCUUCCGCUUGCAGGGAGCACAGCAGGAUUCCAACUUCAAGCCGGUGGAGGCGCAUCAGCCGGUGGCACUGCCCCGCCAGGUGCCACCGCCGGGCAAGACCACGAAGCAGAGCUGUUCGGAGCACGAGGAUGAGGGCAUCAGUAGUUCCGAGACGGGCGCUUCGCUCAGUCCAGUGCCCAUCCUGGUGCUGCCCUCGAAGGCGGCGAAGAAUCAGCAUCACAAGUCGCUGAAAAUCCCCGUGGACGAUGACGAGGACGAUGCGGCCACCAUUGAGGAUGUCAUCGAGGAGCUGGACAACAUCGUCAGCGAGGCUGAGAAGCAGAUCAGCAGCCACCACCCCUCGCGCCAUCGUCCGCCCGUGGAGCAGGACAUUGUCCCGGUGAACAUUGUGCCGCAGCCUCCCAGGAAAUCGCGCUCCCUGGCGCACCUCGUGCCCCGCACCGACUGUUCCGAGCAGGAGGGCGGCUCCGACUACGGGAUGCUGGUGCAUCAUCCGGGUGAUCCAGCGGCAGCGGAGCGACUGGCCGCCAUGCAAACAUUCUUCGAUGAGGCCGACUACGAUGCGCCCGAGACGGAUCAUCCGUCGAGCUAUGCCAUGGACUCCCCAUCCCCCGAUAUGCCGGAGGCCAAUGCCACCGCCACGGCCUACAAUGCCAGCACCAAUCGGGAGCUCUUGGAUGUCAUUAUGAAUGCACGGCACGACGAGCACGAUCCCACGAUGCAGGCCCUGCGCAAGAGCGCCCAGGAUGUGGCCCAGGUGCAGGUGCAGGUGGUGGUGCCGCACAAGAUGAAACCCCCAGCACCGGCACCGCCUGCCCCACCGGCCCAACAGUUCAAUGGCGUCUUCUUCAUGACGGGAAUGAACACGCCACAGCGGUACCCAAAGCCCGACAUCACGGCCGCCCUGCAGGCCCGUCGCGUCACCAAGAAUGUGGAGCGACUGGAGGCGGCCUUUGCCUCCUCCUCCAGCGGCGGCGCCCACGAGGCACUCAAUGAGGCAGCCAUCAACGGCAGGGAGAAGUCGCGCAGCAACCAGCAGAUCUACUUCAGCAGCAAUCCGGCCAUGAGGAUGCACCAGGAGCCACCGGUGGCGGUGACGAUGCCCGGACAGAGCCCUGCAUCGCGCACGCGCUCCUACACCCAGGGAUCGAUGUCCAAGGUGACGGAUCUUCCAUGUGGCCUCUACUGAUCCUCAGAUUCUCUCUCGAAUAAAUGAUUCUCUCUAUGAUUCCCGCUCCUCCUGUGCAAUAGCAAGCCACACACUUAGGUUACGACAGAAACACCCAUCAGAUCGGAUCAGAAUAGAGCAGAUCGUAUUUAUAGAACUAUUCAUAUAACUAUCGUUCGUAUAUAUACAUACAUAUAUAUAUAUAUCGCAUAUCUCAUGAUCAAUUGUAGUUACGGUGGCAGCUUCAACCGCGGGUUCAUAGCCGAUAAGUAGCGUAGAUUUAAGCGAACUUCUACUCCUAUAUACGUAUAUAUGUUUCUUUUGCUACCAAUACAAAUAAAUAA